UGCAGAAUGUCUUAGAAUGGAAAAUUUGAAGUUGCUAAGGGUCCUCUAUGGUGUGUUUAUAUUCUGGAUUAACCAAUGGAAGUCGGUAAAAGCUUGUCCCUUUGGAUUUUACGGCACGGGAUGCUUCCUUUGGUGUAGCGGAAACUGCCGGAACAACGCCACCUGUAAUUCUACUACCGGUUUGUGCGACAAUGGAUGUACGCAAGAAUACACUGGACCAAUGUGCACUGACAAAAUUCCGGAACCUUUUGCCCUCGGCGCCAUUGAGCUUAUAUUCAUUAUUUCCGGUGUUAUUGUGGCUGCGAUUGUCAUCUGUGUUCCCACUACCCUGUACCUCCGAUCAAAAUAUAUUGGUCAGCACGGAAGAAAUUUCGUAAGAAACAAAUUUUUAAGACGACCAACCCUAAAUAGAAGAGGUUCUAUAUUUUUGCCAUCUGAUCUGGAGAAUGUGAUGAGAAAUUCACGUCAGACGAUGUCCGCCCUUAACAACCAAGUACAAGUUGUUACAAAGGAUGUAGAGGUCAACGGAUUGGCGGAUCUACUGAGGUACGACAAGAUUAACGGGUAUGAGGAACUGGUGGCGGAAUUCCAGAUGAUUCCUGUCGGAGAACAGUGUCAGAUUCCAUGCACAGUCGCCAAGCAUUAUGGGAAUAUGUCUAAAAACAGAGGCCAUGUUACAAUAGCGUAUGAUCAUUCGAGAGUGAAGUUGGAAAAGAAGAAAUCGGACUACAUAAACGCAAACUAUAUUUCGACAGCGGAUGAAUUCAAAUUUAUAGCCUCACAAGGACCAAUGGAAAACACGGUGGCGGAUCACUGGACAAUGAUAUGGCAGGAGCGGAUUUCUGUUGUUGUUAUGAUGACGAACCUCACAGAAGACAGCCAAGAGAAGUGUUUUAAGUACUGGCCGAGUAGAUAUAAGACUCUUACUGUGGGACCACUGUCGAUAGGAGUGAUGCAGGAAAAGGUGUAUGCAUUUUAUACCUUGAGGAAAAUGAAGCUGGUUCACAGGGAGACAAAAUCCUGUAGAUUGCUUUUUCAUUUUCAAUUCACUAAAUGGACCGACAUUGAGAUUCCCUACCCGUCAGAGCUUAUCCAGUUUUACAGAAACGUGAAACAUUGUCAUGAUGUUCAGUCUAAAUCCACUAUUCUCGUCCACUGCAGUGAAGGGGCCGGUAGGACGGGCGUCUUUAUAGCUCUGGACAAACUCCAUAGGUCUGGUUUAAAAGAAGGAGUGGUCAAUGUAGCUAGAUGUCUUACUGAAAUGUGUGAACAGCGGAUGAAUAUGGUGGAAAACAUGGAGCAGUAUAUAUUACUCUACCACACUCUGAAAGAAUCUUUUCAUCGAAAUGUCCACCUUCUGAGAAAGGAAGACAUCUCACAGAUGCUGCUAGGAGGAAAUGGAAAACAAAAAAACGAAAAUCUCAUCAGAAAAGAAUUUUGUGAGUUAAUGUCAGCAAGACCAAUUUACGACGAAAGUAUCAAGGCAAGAGGACUUAUGAAUAUUAAUCAUAAUCUGAUGCCAAACGUUUUACCAGUAGACGAGUUUCGAGUACCCCUUUCACCAGAUGAGUACAACAAAAACGACUAUUACAAUGCUGUAUUCUUUUCGACAAUAACAGAAUAUAACAGCCUGAUAGCUGCCCAGUAUCCCGGGGAGGAUACAGCGCUAGACCUGAUACGACUGUUGGUGCAGCAGAGGGUGUCAGUGGUAGUCACUGUUCACCCACUCAUUGAACUACUCUCGGUUGUAACGUGGUUUCCUGUGGAAACUUCCAUCCUUACGCCUUUUAGAAUACAAAGAGAGGCAAACGAACAAGUUACAAAUGAAGUUCAGAAGUCUACACUUCUUAUAGAAAAUUCUAUUAACGCUGAACUGCAUCGAGUCCAUGUGUACGAGAUUCUGUCAUGGAGCACAAAAAACAUCAUACCACAUGACACAAAGCUAUUAAGUACAGUCAUCACAGAGGCUAGUAGAUGUAGGGAACAGGAAGGAGGGGGACCUAUUACGGUCAUGUCAUAUGACGGGGCGGUAGGUUGUGGGGUAUUUAUAGCUGUCUAUAACGCCAUGGAGCAGUUGAGAGAGGACGGAGUAGUGGAUAUGUUCAGUAUAGUACACGAUAUUCACGUCAGGCGGCCAGAAAUGAUGACCACAAUGGAAGAAUACGAGUUCUGCUACCGCGCCAUUGCUGAAUUGUAGAGGAUGUUGACAGAUGGUACUUUCUGCGGUACAACUCUAAAUAUAGAUUAAAGUCGUGACUGUCCAUACCAUUCAACUUC